CGUGGAUGGUGCUAAUUGCUGCGGCACUCGGUGGCGGAUGAACCGUUAAAUCGAAACUGGAGCACUGGCCCAAUAACGAUGAUGCACGCGGCCCACGGAUUAGCACCUUUCAACGAGCCAGUACGGAUAGAUGAUGUUCUAGAUACCCAAAAGCCAGCAUUAGCACCAUCGCAAGGUGGAGUUUUUCUGGAUCGGCAUUUGGGACACUGGCUCAGUUGACCAUUAAACUCCGAGCCGACUGGCCGUGCGGUUAGUGCCAAAGGAAUAUAAAAGGGAUUCGGAACAAAAGGAGACAAUGUCAGCCUAUGAGGAAAUGUCGUCGGUGAAGACGCCACGGCGUCUUUCGCCCAUUUGGUUUCUGGUGCUCACAAUGCUGCUAUUCGCAACCACACUAACGGCGGUGGCCAUGAUCGAAGCUGGACGGGCACAGAGCAGCUCCGGGCAAGAGAGCGAUCUCCUGAUUCUCACGCGGAUGUGGAAACACUUUACGGAUAGUGCCGGAAAUGAAACGGAAGUGGCCACCGUGCAGCGCAUUGCCAGGGAGACCGGAAACGCAACUAAUCCGAUUCCAACGCAACCGGAACAAGGAAGAAACUACUACGAGGAACAGCAGGCGGUAGUGGUGAACUCAGAGAGCAUGGAUCCCGUGAUGGGCCAACGUCAGGAUGCAUACGGUCCCCCAGAGAGCAGGGAUGACUCCUACGACCAGGACCCUUACUACGACGUGGCCGAUGACUAUGGUCCGGGUCGCUAUCCAUAUCCGGAGUCCAAACAGGAAUCGGCGCAAGAGGAAAGCUUCUACGACAAGGAUGCUGAGGAGGGCAGGGCUUCGCAGGCGCGUCCCUACGAUUCCUUUUACGCCCCCUGGUCAUAUUCAAAUAAGCCAGCUCCAGUGGCCACUCAUCCCACAAGCGAGGGUAACAACAGGAAGCUCCAACCAUCUCCAAAUAGAUCCCCUUAUCCCGCCUACGAUGAGGUGUACGAUUACCCCAUGGGCUUCCAGACGCGUCCUCAUCCGGAACACGAGCUGGCGAAACAAUCUCAGACACAAUCACAGCCCCCCGCCGAUACGGCAGUGGCCCAGGUCCAGAGCGAAUCCACUUUGGUCACCGUGCUAAAGAGUCUCAAGCAGAUCUGGGAUCUAUAUCAGGCGCUCAUGGGUGCGUGGAAUGCGGUGAGCGAGCGCCAUCAGCAGAGCACGGAGAAGUUCCGCCAGGAGCAGGCGGCAAAGAAAGCGGAAAAGGAGCGACUGCGGCAGCAGCAGCAGCAGCAGAAGACCAGGAUUAACUCCAAGAAACCGCCACGGAUGGAGGGAAACAACAAAAAGAGCCAGAACAAGAAGCCCGCCACAACGACCACGACUAAGUCAACAAGCACGUCCACGACGACUUCGGCUCCAGAAAGCUCUGAGGAGGAGGACGAGGAGAAGGAGCAGGCGGAGCAGCCGGCAAAGAAGGUGGAGAAAGUUGAGACCGUAACACCAUCGUCGCCAUCCACCAAAGUGCAGAGCCAAAAGGGGGAGAAGGGAAACUUGAGAUCCGUGCGUGGACUGCGCCACCGACGAGAUGCCGAAGCGGGGGAGAAAGCUGAUACGGAUGUGGGCGAGGGUCGCUAUAUCAAGGGCGAUCCCCUCAAGGGAUACUACGAUUUCGUCAUCACGGAGGGCUCCUACAAAUUCUGGGCCGUCUUUCAGGUUGGCACAGCCCUGCUGAUUAUCUACUCGACGUUCGCCGCCAUUUACUACUCCAAGGUAAAUCCGCUGACCAGCGACUACGACUACACGGAUUACCUGGGCGGAGUUCGUUCUCUGUCCGGUGGAGAUGCUGAUUUCGUGGACGACGGCGACGCUGCGACGCCGCCAGUUUCGACCACCUCCCGCAUCAUGGAGUGGAUACCGCGGACGGCGCACUCCAUCAAGUUCAUUCUGGAUGCCAUCGACAAGGUGCCACUGGAUAGCGAGAAGGACAAGGAGCCCGGCUGGUCCGCGGGGAAAACGGACACGGCGUUAAGCAUGAGAUAGGGAACUGAAUACUACAUAUAUGCGAUAUUUGUUAAUGAAAAUAUAAUAAUGUUGAAGAUAA